AUUGAAUUCGACAGCGGCAAAAGUCAGUAAUGAAUUGUUGAGGAGAUAACCUGUCGUUAGAUAAAAUACUGCUUUGAAUAUCGGCCGUAUAAAAAAGUCGCUUUGAAGGUGUGCAGGGCUAUGGCGGCUUAGGGUUUGGCCUAUGAACAUUGAUAUCGUCAACUUCCUUUUAAAUGUUGGUUUCUGACUUCCCACCACCACAUUUCUAUAUCCAAUCAAUUGUUAACUAAACUGAAUUCUAAUCCAUGGAAACUGUAGAUGCUACGAAUGAGUUCCAAGAUUGGGAGGUUCUCCACCCUAACUCGGACUCGGAAUCGGAAUCAACCCUUCUCCAAAUGCCAUGCUCAGUCGACACCUUUGAAGAAAUCGACUCGGAGGGCAUAAUUCGGGCUAACUAUUUCUCGUUAGACUCUCGGAAUCGGUACGUGACUGCACAUGGGGAGGAUUCCGUUGAUAAUAAAUCGGAUAACCGGAGUUUGAUUGAUCCUGGAUUGGAGGAGAACCCGAAUCGAUACCUGAGCAAGGAGUCUGAUGAGUUUUCGUCCGAUUCCAGCAGCGCCAAAUUUAACGAUUUCGUGUGUACAAAUGAAAUGGGUUCUGAAGAUAUUAAACAAAUAACUUUGCAGAAAGUGGAAGAAGCACAAUUUUUGGGAAAAAACUAUUAUUCAACGUCUGGUGAGGUUGAAGAGGGUUCCAUAAAAUUAAACGAGUUGGAAGAGAACUCUGAGAUAGAUAUGAAAGAAAAAGCGAAUUUGUGCGAAGGAUUAGAGGUUUCAGGAGAAGACAAGUGCGAAAGGAAGGAUAGUAGGAAUGAGAUUGAGGGUAUAAAUGAAAAAGAAACUGCAAAAAGCCAUGAGAUUGUGAACAGGGGUGUAUUAUGGUGGAAGAUGCCAAUGGAGUUUAUGAGAUACUGUGUAUUUAGAGUGAGUCCAGUCUGGACUGUUUCUGUAGCUGCUGCCAUGAUCGGGUUUCUGAUUGUUGGCCGCAGAUUGUAUAAGAUGAAGAAGAAGACUAGGGCAUUGCAGAUUAAGGUCACUGUCGACAAUAAGAAGGUAUCUCAGGUCAUGAACCGUGCUGCUCGUCUGAAUGAGGCAUUUUACGUUGUCAAGAGGUUGCCUAUUAUUCGUCCUUCACUGCCUGCGGUUGGGGUGACAACAUGGCCCGUAGCGAGUAUAAGAUGAGUGUCAUCCUCAUAACAUGCAACGCACAAAUUGUUCUUGUCAAAUUUAGGACAUGUUCUUCCAAUUUUCAUUUGUAUAAUUGGUAUAUUAGCUUCUUUCCUUUGAACUUCUACUUGUAUAAUGUGUGUGUAUAGCUACCUUAUUACAUCAACGUUGAAGAUUAUGUUUCAACGACAAUUACUUGAGUAAAAUCUUCUUCUCCACAUUGCUGCACGAAGUUUUACAGAAA